CAGUCGACAGUCUCCACCUACCAACAGUCAUUCAUCGGUAAACGAGAGGGCGAGCGCGAUUCGACUGGAUUGGAUUCUAUACGCAAUGGCUUGCUCUGCUGCUGCGGCUUCAACUGCUUCCCUUGCUUUGUCCAAUCCCAACCCUAAUCCGAAAGCCUACAUUUCUUCCAAAAAGUCUCUAAAAUCUGUUCCCUUUGUUUCUUCCUUCUCCGGCAGAUCCUUUGUGUCCCGCGUUCCCCGCUCCCUCUCCGUGAGCUCGGCGUCUUCCAAAAGACGCAGUUUGGUCGUCCGUGCUUCUGAACUCCCACUGGUUGGGAAUAAAGCUCCGGACUUCGAGGCAGAGGCUGUUUUUGAUCAGGAAUUUAUCAAGGUUAAGCUUUCUGAUUAUAUAGGGAAAAAGUAUGUCAUUCUUUUUUUCUACCCCCUGGACUUCACUUUUGUUUGUCCUACUGAGAUUACUGCUUUCAGUGACCGCUAUGAAGAAUUCCAGAAGUUGAACACUGAAGUAUUGGGUGUAUCCGUAGACAGUGUGUUUUCCCACCUUGCCUGGGUGCAAACUGACAGAAAGUCUGGAGGGUUGGGUGAUUUGAAGUAUCCAUUAGUUUCUGAUGUGACCAAAUCAAUUUCAAAAUCAUUUGACGUUCUGAUUCCAGAUCAGGGAAUUGCACUGAGAGGACUGUUUAUCAUUGACAAGGAGGGAGUUAUUCAGCACUCAACCAUCAACAAUCUCGCAAUUGGUCGUAGUGUUGAUGAAACACUCAGAACACUCCAGGCUUUGCAAUACGUACAAGAGAACCCCGAUGAGGUCUGCCCGGCUGGAUGGAAGCCCGGAGACAAAUCCAUGAAGCCAGAUCCUAAGCUUAGCAAGGAAUACUUUGCUGCAAUUUAACCUGCCUGGCAUCCGAUGAUCUGUGACUCUCUUGUGUGUUUAUUUAUCCAGCGUUAAAAAGAGGUGAUGCAAGAAUAUUUGUUGUCAUGUAACAAUUUUUGUUCAAGUGCAAUAAUGAGAUUCGCUGUUUUAUAUGA